GGGAUUGUAUGAUGGAUGAAUCAAAUGAGAUCAUCCUGCAGAAAUCAAAGAGGUUGACAUCUGUUGUGUGGAAUUACUUUGAGAGGGUGAGAAAAGCCGAUGUGUGCUACGCUGUUUGCAUUCAGUGUAACAAGAAACUCAGCGGUUCGAGCAACAGCGGCACGACUCAUCUCCGGAACCAUCUCAUGCGUUGUCUGAAAAGAACCAACCACGACAUGUCUCAGCUGCUGACUCCCAAAAGAAGGAAAAAAGAGAACGCUGUAACCGUUGCUACUAUCAGUUUCGAUGAAGGUCAAGCGAAAGACGAUUACCUCAGGCCUAAGUUUGAUCAGGAGCAACGCAGGGACGAGAUGGUUCUAAGCAGAGGAAUUCUUGAUUCUCUUCUUACCUGGAACUCUACUUACGCGAUGCUUGAAACCGUACUGGAGUACAAGGGCGCGUUUUGCCACCUGCGUGACCACGACCACGGGUUUGAUUCAUCUCUGACAGACGAGGAGUGGGAGUGGACAAGAUCCGUUACCGGUUAUCUCAAACUUGUGUUCGAGAUCGCCGCUGAUUUUUCAGGAAACAAGUGUCCGACAGCGAAUGCUCUGUUCUGUGCACAUGAUUGGUUGUCUACAGAGGCAGAAGUGUUCUCCUCCUUUGUAAGAACUCAGGAGCCAAUCAAUCACCAACUACUACUGACUUUUGACUUUAAAUUUUAUGACGGGACAAGAAAUUCCACCAUUGUC